AGCGAGCGCGUGGUAGAGUGAGAACAGCUUGACAUUGACAUUGGAACCAGCUGGGCAGGCAGAGAGAGAGAGCGCUCCUCCACACAACGAAAGCUUUGCAAGCUCGUUCCCACACUGUUCUGGUGCUCAUAUAAAAGCCUUCGCCCACUGCGCUGGACUGCAUUUUCCAACAAAACGUGAACAGACCCUCGUCAAAAUAUUUGUGCAUUUUAAUCCAAAGCUGAAUUUUUUAAAUAUCCCACGCGACGCGUUAAAACUAAAAAUAUUUUUUUUGUUAGAAAUAAGUGUAGGUUUUUUUGUUGCGUUUUUUAUAUGCAUAUUCCAUUCGGUUGAAAAUGCUCAGUCGGAUAGAGGUUUCAAUGUGCUGGAUUUUUGAAGCUCCAUAUAGACCCAAACAUGUUUUGGACAGCAGUGGCCUCGUCCACUAUUUCCUCAUCGAACACCGAGCCAUCGGCAGCCCUGGCCAGUGCAGCCCCGAACUAUCACCAGCUCCACACGAAGCCGCCGCUCCGCUCCCUCAAAAACAGCUGGCAAAUUAGCAAUGCAGCAUUCAAGACGCGUCUGCACCAGCAGCAGCAGGAACAGAAAGAGCAGAAGCAACAGCAACAGGAGCAGAAACAGCAACAGGACCAACAGAAGGAAAUAGAACAAAAGCAGCAACAGCAACGGGAAGCACAGAUAAUUUCACAUCAGGAAAAGCCACAGCAAAAGCCAGAAGAGGAGAAGGAGCAGCAAGGAUCAGUGGCAAAGAAGAAAAUCGCUCCAAAAAGUGAAAGUGCCCGUAAAAUGUUCAAAGCUUUAGCUGCCUCCUGCAAGUGCAAAAAGAAGUGAAAGAGAGUGUGGGAGUGCGUGUGGGAGAGCUGCAUGAAAAAAGGUCCGUCCUCGAGUGCAGCCCAAGACACUGUCCAACUAAUAACUGUUCCUGAGCCGAAAUAGUGCGUCCGGGAGAGAGUGCAAACCAAGAGUGUAAACGAAAAGAGUUAACCUAAAAAUUGGUAAAAAA